AGUUAUGCUACUGCACUAACACGUGUUAAGAGUGGGUAUUGGCAACGGCUCUAAACCUAUGCGCCUAGUACAGCCUAAAUUAGUCUGCAAUUUAAUUUAAAAUGCAGUCCUGCUUCGAUGGAUGCGUUUUACAUACAACUGAAUUGUUUCACUGCGUAAUUGUCAGGCUUGUAGCUUCAAUAGGCAAACGGGAAUAAUUAUAUAAUCAAAAAACGUGUAUUUAUUAUAGGCUAAAGCUCAUAUUGUUAUCCAAUAGCCGACCAACAAUAUGUAGGCUAAGUACGGUGCGUAAAAGUAACUUACUUUUAUAAUCGGACGAAUUUCUCAAGCGAAAUCUUCAAUUUUCACCUCAUUUUUGCGGGAUUUGUGGAGUCCUUUGGUUUCUUUGUUAUUGACUCUUACGAGGCCGCUGUUUGCCAGCUUUAUCUGUAGCCUAAUUUUACUUGCCUACUUUCACUGAAUAUGCUACUAUCAACCCCUUUCAUGGAUCGCAACGCUUAAUCUGUGUUUUAGGCCUAUGUAUAGAAUUAAAAUAAAUAUAUUAUCUAAAUAAAAUCGAGAAGUUACACUCACAGUAUCAUUUUAGCACAGGUUUUUCCGUUGUGCUUGAAAUGAGUGUGAAGGCAAGACCACUGUAUUGACAGUGAAAUUCGAAACCCGGUCUCUGCGGUGCGAGGUUCUCGCAGAGGUAGACUACAGGGAAGAGACUAUAGACCUAGAUAAGCCAAAGGUGUACCAGGGCGUGCGGGUGAAGACAACUGUCAAAGAGUUGCUGCAACAGCAGAGAGCUCUCCAGACAGCAAUUAAAACAGUUAGAAUGAAAUCCCAGAGCUUGGCGAGUCAGGAUGUUUGCGUCUCCUCCUCCUUGCCAGGCCAUUAUUUUGAUUAUUUCCCUCAAGAGAUGAAUUCCAACGGCAGCUUUCAGCCGCGGGCCUUUCCAGACAGCAGCGUUCAGAUGGAAAGCUUCGAUAAUCAACAAUUGAUAAGCAUGACGAUGCCCAACGAGACCUACAGCAGUGGUAUUAUGUAUCCCGCUACUUCAACAAAACUUUGGCCCCAGGAAAAUCACUCCCUGAAUAUGGACUAUUGCGUCAAUGGCAUGGCUCCCAGCUCACCAUCAGGUUCUCUAAAUAUGUCAAGUCCGGUCGAUUACAAUAGUUAUUCGCCACAGGAGUCUUACUCUUCGUCGUGUUACAACUCUCCGAACAGGAUGGACUCGAGUUAUGGGUUUGUUCCAGAGCACUACCACUACCAGCACUGUAACCUCCAGCACUGCUACUGCCUGUCCCAUUGGUCGGGUACACAGGAGAGCAUCUCCACUCCAGAAUACGCUAUUUAUGGCACAACAGACUGUGUACACGCCUCGCCUGUGGAUGCCAGCUAUUUCAGGCGGGAAUUGUCAAGUUCAGAGAUGUGUUACCUUUAAAGAUACUCUCGGUCUUUGUUUUCUGUGUAAAUACAGUAGAAUGUACAGUGAAAACAAUGUCUGUAACUCGAUGUCAAACGGUGGCACUUUGUUUGAAGAUGUAGGCCUGCUUUGCAUUUCGGAGUGUUUGCUGUCAAAGUUUCCUCGGAGUUUCUGUUUUUGUUAUGAUUGGAAGAAUGCUUUUAGAAUUCAUGAGUUUGGCUAAAUGUUGCAAAUGUAUGGGCUUAGAGCUAUCUAGUUAGUUACUGACUGUGAUUUAGAUAUAUACAAACAAAACUUUUUUUUUACAAGAAAGUAUAUAUUUUUUUAUGGAUGCAUUCAUUUAGUAAAAUAAUUGAAAGGCCUACCCAAAGGCCUACCCCAAGGCCUACCCAAAGGCCUACCCUAAGGCCUACCCAAAGGCCUACCCAAAGGAAAUUAGCAGCAUCAUCCCCAUCAACUCAAUGUUUAGUUUCCCUGUUCAGAUGCACACAGAAACUUAGUUAGAAACGUUAACUUAAAUUGAGUUUUUCAAGUCAUUGAAUCAUAUUUACGGCUAAAACCAGCCCCUUGUUGGACCCAAAUAAAAACCACUACACCUGCCACCACAUUAACUAGAUUGAAAGAUAAAUGACAAUAGACAAGCGAUAAUGAUAGAUAAUUAAAAUCUAUAGUGCUUGUCGUUACAAAAAAAUAAUCGGAAAGACCCUAUGACAACUGAAGACAAACACAACAAUAAGGUUAAUAUUGCCCGUUCUUGAUGUGGGAAAUGGUCUCCCAUGGAGGCACACGCAAGUCCACGUCACAUCAGGUCACAUCCAACUCGAGAGACGCCUGUCUCCACUCUAGCCUCCGAGCGCACCCUCCUCUGCAUCGGGAUCUCUAUCUUCCCCGAGGCCGAGAUAAAGCAGGGUUGAGCAGGGCUAGAAGUAGGCCUGCCUUUCCAAAACAUUACAUAUGACCAAAAAGAUGAAUAAAUAAAGGAAAUAAC